AAAUGCGUUGCCAUGGUUACCACCGGCGGCUUGUUACAGAAGUUAGGAACUUGAAGCCUGAAACUAAAGCAAAUCAUGGCGGCCAUUCCUUCGGUCAAAGUAGCCGAAGUGCGAGAAUUCUCACGAAUUGAACGGAUCGGCACCCACUCACACAUUCGAGGUCUUGGACUUGAUGAUGCUUUGGAACCAAGAGAGGUGUCUCAAGGUAUGGUUGGCCAGUUGACAGCGAGAAGAGCCUCUGGUGUCGUUCUGGAAAUGAUCAGAGAAGGAAAAAUUGCUGGCAGAGCAGUCUUGAUUGCCGGUCAACCGGGAACAGGCAAAACUGCAAUUGCUAUGGGUAUGGCUCAGGCUUUAGGAGACAAUACCCCAUUUACUUCCAUGGCUGGUUCAGAGAUUUACAGCCUUGAGAUGAGUAAAACUGAAGCCCUUACACAAGCUUUCCGCAAGUCCAUUGGAGUUCGCAUUAAGGAAGAAACAGAGAUCAUUGAGGGUGAAGUUGUUGAAGUUCAAAUUGACAGGCCUGCUACAGGAACUGGAGCCAAAGUUGGAAAACUGACUCUGAAAACAACAGACAUGGAAACUGUCUAUGACCUGGGCAACAAAAUGAUUGAGUCUCUCAUUAAGGAAAAGGCACAAGCUGGCGAUGUCAUUACUAUCGAUAAAGCAACUGGCAAAAUCUCCAAGUUGGGGCGUUCAUUUACAAGGGCUAGAGACUACGAUGCCACAGGGCCCCAGACUAGAUUCGUUCAAUGUCCCGAAGGUGAAUUACAAAAGCGGAAAGAAGUGACUCACACAGUCACAUUGCACGAAAUCGAUGUCAUCAAUAGCAGAACGCAGGGCUUUCUUGCUCUCUUCUCCGGUGAUACUGGAGAAAUCAAGCCCGAAGUUCGCGAUCAGAUUAACAGUAAGGUAGCCGAAUGGCGUGAAGAAGGCAAAGCGGAAAUUGUGCCCGGUGUUUUGUUUAUUGAUGAAGUCCAUAUGCUCGAUAUGGAAUGUUUUUCCUUUUUGAAUCGUGCUCUCGAAGAUGACAUGGCGCCCGUGUUGAUCAUGGCGACCAAUCGUGGAAUCACAAAGAUUCGUGGAACCAAAUACCGAUCACCUCAUGGUAUUCCAAUCGAUUUGCUCGAUCGUAUGGUGAUUAUCGCGACUCAACCGUACGAAGAAAAGGAAAUGAAGCAAAUUCUGAAAAUUAGGCAAGUCGUCAUUUAAAAAGCGGAUUUACGUGAAAUGGAUCCUAAUUACGACUUAUCCUUGAACAGGUGUGAAGAGGAAGAUGCCGAAAUGCAAGAAGAUGCGCUUCUCGUUCUGACGAGGCUCUCGUUAGAAACUAGUUUGCGUUACGCAAUUCAGCUCAUCACGGUUGCCAGUCUUAUAUCACGCAAGCGUAAAGCGAUGGAGAUUGCCGUCGAAGAUAUUAAAAAGGCGUAUUCACUCUUCCUGGAUGAAGCUCGUUCCACGCAGUAUCUUAAGGAUAUCCAAGAUGAAUUCAUGUUCAAUGAGGAAGAUGAGCAGCAAUCUGAAGUCGCCAUGGAGACAGCGUAAUUGAGCCUAACAUUCAAUUUGAA